CAUGCCUCGGACAAGAGGCGAGGCGGAGGGCUCCUGCCAAUUGCCUGCCAGCCCUCUUCUUAUCAUGGGGGACGAUGGUCACUUAAUGAUUAAUAGCAAGGCAAGGAGUGGAAGGAGCAUUCAGAUGGAGCAAGGCGAGACGAUGGCGCAGGCACCAGGAUCCUCGCCUCGCCUCUUGAUGCAGCAAUUUUGGGAGGAACACUCGCGGGAAUGUUCGCUCCAGGAAAUGAUGCUUGACUCUGGGGCCGAAGCACUGACACAGGAGGACACCCCAGAGAUCCUUGCACUCUUGCCAUGCAUGGAAGGAAAGGACAUCUUGGAACUGGGAGCCGGGAUCGGCCGGUUCACCGGAUUCCUCGCAGAACGCGCCCGCCACAUCACGGCUGUGGAUUUCAUGGACACCUUCUUGACUCGCAACCGGAAGCAGAACGGCCAUCAUCCGAACAUCACGUUCCAACAGGCCGACAUUACCACCUUACAGAUGCCAAGCCAAAGCCUGGACUUGGUCUUCUCCAACUGGCUUUUCAUGUAUCUCUCGGAUGCGGAGCUGAGCGAUGUGGUCCAAAAGUUGCUCCUCUGGCUUCGCCCAGGUGGGCAUCUUUUCUUCCGGGAGUCCUGCUUCUUCCAGUCAGGUGACACGCCAAGAGCGUUCAAUCCCACCUUGUAUCGGAUGCCUUCAGAGUAUAACCGACUCCUUGCAUCGGCCCAAAUGGCUUCCGGAGAGGAGCUCUAUGGCUUUGAGAUCGUCAUGUCCCGCUCUGUGCAAGCGUACAUCAAAAGGAAGCAGAACCGGAACCAGGUUUGCUGGCUUCUCCAGAAAGUCCUCCGAAACCGCGAGGACGCGAAAGGAUACGAUACUUUCCAGACUUUCCUGGACAACGAGCAAUACGCCGUCCGCAGCAUCCGGCGCUACGAAUGGAUCUUCGGGCCUGGAUUUGUCAGCACCGGCGGUCUUAGUACCACAAAGGAGCUGCUGAACCUGCUGAGUUUGAAACCGUCUCAGAAAGUGCUGGACGUGGGUUGUGGGAUCGGCGGGAGCGAUUUCUAUAUGGCUAAGGAAUUUGGCGUGGAAGUUUUGGGCAUGGAUCUCUCCCACAACAUGAUAGAAAUGGCUUUGGAACGGGCGCAAAAAGAAACCGGAUUCCUGGUACAGUUUGAGAUCGGCAACGCGACCCGGAGGACGUUCCCGGAGGACUCUUUUGACGUCGUGUACAGCCGGGACACCAUCUUGCACGUGGCGGAUAAGCGUGCGCUCUUUCGGAGGUUCCUGUCGUGGCUGAAGCCCGGCGGAGAGCUCCUCGUCUCCGACUAUUGCUGCGGACCGCAUCCGUGGUCCAAAGUCUUCACGGAGUACGUCCAACAACGAGGUUACAACCUGCUCACUCCCGAGGAAUACGGCCAGGCGCUGCAGGAGGCCGGAUUUGUACAGGUCAAGGCUUUGGACCAUACGGAGCGGAUGCUGCUGGCGCUGACCCAAGAGCUGCAAGAGCUGGAGAGGAGCCGGGAGCAAUUUGUCCAGGAAUUCUCAGAGGAUGAGUUCAAGUCCAUGGCUUCGGGAUGGAGAGAGAAACUGUACCGUUGUGCAGAUGGUGACCAGCGCUGGGGCGUCUUCUAUGCGCGGAAGCCACAGUAGCCGCAGGGAUGGCAAGAGACGGUGGACUCUGGGCCAGCUCCAGAUCCUUUCCAACCAUCGGCUUCUGAAAACAUUUGCAAAGGGGAAUGAGUUGUUCUUUGCUUGCCUUACUACUUACUUACUCUGGUUGGGUUUCAAGUCUCGCUCUCUUCCCCAGAGUACAGGGCUUGGGAAGAAAUGCUAUUUUCCAGUCUGGAUUCGUCCUGGAUAUGCGUUCAAAUUCAUUCAGAUUAUUUGGCUUUGACUCAUUCCAAGUCUGUCUGGAAGAGGCAAAGCUUUUCCUUUUGUACUUUGCUUCCCCUCGUCUUUCUUUCUUUCUUUAUCCUCUUCAUUCCCCGUUUCAGAAUUCCAUUAAUUUCGGUUAUUCAAAAAUGCUCUAGUUUGGCUAUUUAUUUUUUAACAAUUAAAUGGGUUUCGUUAUUCA